UUCUGAGGAACUCCUGAUUCAGGCACUACUUAAGACAACUAUGGACAAAGCCCACGGUUUCACGUGGGGUGAUAAAGUUACUGUAGUAACUGCUUUAGAAGAAGAAAAGUUUAUUUGUAAACAUAUCAAUAAGGAUUCAGCGAUGGAUAACAGAGGCGGUUACUUUGUAGACAACAGGCUCAAGCAGCGAGUCAAACAGUAUUUGGGGAACAGCACCAGCCCGUUUACAGACAUGUCAGUCAUGACAGCUGAUCUGCAGAGAAUGUACAGAACAGACUAUGGACGGCGGAAACGAAGUGCUUUCAGGAUCCAGUUAGAGAAAGUGCACACAGUGUUAUGCAGCGAAUCUGACCUUUCAGCCUUAGAGGGGGAACACCUGGCUAAAAGGGCAAGGCAUAGCCAAGGAGCUGAUGGGGAGGAAGACAGCUUCACGGAGGACUCCACAGACAGUGAUGAUCAACCUGAAUACCCGCCCACCAAUCAGAUGAACAACUCCCUGAUGUCCCUGUACCAGAAAGGAGCUCCGGAUUCUGUGGCACCGACUCUACGAAAAGAUCAGCCAGCACCCAGCAGCACGCCUAGGCCAGCUCCCUCCAAGACACCAGGGGGCACCAGGGUCUCGCAAGGCGGCUGGUUCAUCGAUCUGGAGACUCGGAAGGCACCCAACUCUGAGUCCCUUCUGGAAACAGAUCAGAACACACAUCUGAAGAAAGGAAAGAGAAGAAAAGAUGGUGGGGCCAGGGGAAUAGAUGGAGAGAUCGACUCCAGUAUAAUGAACAAGAAAGACAAGCUCAAAGCGCCAGAGCUGCAGUACUCCACUCUGAAGUUUGAAGAUGUAGGAGGCAACGAGGAGACCAUAAAGGAGGUGUGUAAGAUGCUGAUUCACAUGCGCCACCCUGAGGUGUAUCAGCAGCUGGGGGUGGUCCCUCUUUGGGGGUUCCUUCUUCACGGGCCGCCAGGCUGCGGGAAGACUCUGCUUGCUCAGGCCAUCGCGGGGGAGAUGGAGCUGCCAAUGUUGAAGGUCGCUGCCACAGAGAUGGUGUCAGGUGUUUCAGGAGAAUCUGAGCAGAAGCUAAGGCAGCUGUUUGAUCAAGUUGUGACCAGUGCUCCGUGCAUCCUGUUCAUUGAUGAAAUUGACGUCAUCACCCCAAAAAGAGAAGUGGUUUCAAAGGACAUGUGGCGACGAAUGGUGGCUCAGCUCUUAACCUGCAUGGACGAUCUCAAUGCUCUUGCAGCCACAGCACAGGUCAUGGUUAUUGGAGCCACGAACCGGCCAGACUCUCUUGACCCGGCACUGAGGCGAGCCGGACGCUUUGACAGGGAGAUCUGCUUGGGGAUUCCCGACGAAGGAGCCAGAGUGAGAAUCCUGCGAACGCUGUGUCGGAAGUUGAAGCUCCCAGAAUCCUUUGACUUCCAGCAGCUGGCCCACCUGACUCCAGGGUACGUCGGUGCGGACCUAAUGGCCCUGUGCCGGGAGGCGGCCAUGAGCGCGGUGAACCGAGUCCUCAUCGAGGUGCAGGAGCAGAGCAGUCUGGCAGCAGCGGCGGGGAGGCAGCCUGACCUCUUUAGCACGGAGCCAGUGGAGCCAGAGCGACCCGUUGUUCCAAAUCAGAAACCAGAAACCACAGAAGAGACAGAGCUGCACAGGUUGCUGGGGCUGCUGAAGGAGCACACCCCGCUUUCAGAGGAGCAGCUGGAGAAGUUGCGCAUCGAGAUGGAGGAUUUCACCGGCUCGCUGUGCAGCAUCCAGCCAUCCGCCAAGAGGGAAGGUUUUGCCACCAUCCCCGACGUCACGUGGGCCGACAUCGGUGCCCUGGAGGAGAUCCGCCAAGAGCUCACCAUGGCCAUCCUGGCUCCUGUUCGCAAUCCCGACCAGUUUAAAGCUCUGGGUCUCAGUGCACCAGCUGGGGUGCUUCUUGCUGGGCCCCCAGGUUGUGGUAAAACUCAGCUUGCUAAGGCUGUUGCCAAUGAAUCUGGUUUGAACUUCAUCUCUGUUAAGGGUCCAGAAUUGUUAAACAUGUACGUGGGAGAGAGCGAGCGCGCUGUGAGGCAGGUUUUCCAUAGAGCCCAAAACUCCGCACCCUGUGUCAUCUUUUUCGAGGAGAUUGAUGCUCUUUGUCCCCGAAGGUCCGAUCAUGAGCUCAGACCCAUCUGUGACCGAGUUGUGGGGGCUGACCUGUCUGCUCUGGUCCGAGAGGCUUCUAUCAACGCUCUGCAAGGACACCUCUGUCUCCAGGCUCCUGCAGCAACCAACGCACCAGUGGCUGAGAUCAGGGUUAGUCGGCAGAACUUUGAAGAUGCUUUUAAGAAAGUGAAACCGUCCGUAUUAAAAAGGGACCAGCUAAUGUAUGACUUGUUGAAGGAGUCGCUGUGCGGAUGAAACAACAAACAGCAAAACUGGAUUUAAAAGGAGCUUUAUAUCAUGUCCCAGGGUUCUGUCUCAGAGAGGUCUGGAAGGGGAUCAUGAUUUUUAAUUUGUCAUAAUUAAGUUUGAAUAAAAAGCAUGUAACCCUU